GCUCCAGCACACGCCAGCGCAGGGCGCUGGUCCAGCGCAGUGCGCUGCUGACGUGGCUUGAAUGUCGCCAAAGCAAGGACGCGGGCUCCGUCAUUGUUUCGUCUUGUAGUGUUGUACCUGUUGUACGAAUAGUACUAGGUUUGGAGUUUUGUAUUUGUUUGGAGGUUAAGGCAUCAUUUAGCGUCUAAAAACAAGCCUUUCUCGGGUUUUGAAUUCCGGUUUUACGGGACGGGGCCCGGCAUGCUCGGUUUUGUGGGUCGGUGCCCGAAUUUGAUUUGCCUUAUAUGAUUUUGAGUGGAAAAGGCCUAGUAAAACCAAUGGGAUGGUCUACUAGAUGGGAUUGUACUUGGAUUUUGAAAUUGGAUUUGGAAAGUUGUAUUUUGUACCGAGAAUCCGAAAGGGGAACGGUCUCGGGGGUUGGAUUUUGGAUCUUGAAUUUUGGAAGUAUUCUUAGCAAUUGGGAUUUCCGCCUGGAGUUAUUCCAAUCACCUAGCAAGGAUAAUGGUAUCGUCAUCAUCCCAAAGGGGAGACACAAAUUAGGUGUCUACAGAAGCCCACACUUUGACUGAGCGUUCGGUUAGGAAAGCGCAAGUCAAAGUAUUUCGAAAGGGACGGAGAAUGAUCAAGAUGUUCUGAAAUCGAGACCACUCUUUGUACGCCGGUACCUGCAUAAAACAGGCAUUAGAAAAAAGGAUAGAGUCUACCUCGGUGCGGUUGGUGAUGACUCCGGUUUGUACAUGUAUUUUUCCGCCUUCAGUUCAGGACGGAGCUUGGCAUCGAAAAUUUUAAAUCUUGAAUUUUUUGAAUCUUGAAUUUUUGAAUACCCGGAGUUAAUCCGUUGGGGAUGUGCUUUGCUGGGGAUAAGAGCUUUUUACUGGCCCUUAAAAUUUUGAAAUUUCGACCGACUUUCCCGGAGCUUGGGUCCGUUGGGAGUUGAACGCCAGAGUCGUUGUAUUUUUUGGACUUUGUAUUCUUGAAAUAUACAUCUGUUUGUACUUGGAGAUACAGGUGUGUAUACCCGUAUUUUUGAUGGAUGGCCUGAUGCGAUGUUUGAUGCUUGGCGCAGAAGACCGUAGCAGCAAAGGACGUGCAGUCAGCACGAGAGACCGCGCGCUGAAGAUUCGCGCAUGCAGUGGGCAGCGCUGGGCGCUGGGGCGGCGUAUGGCGCUGGGCUGCACUAUAUAAGUGCCCCUUGCCGUGCUAUUUUGAGGAGAAACAUCUUGCUUCCUUGCUCUCUUUCUCUCUCAAAGGUCGAAUUGUCUUCCCUUGGUCUUGUUCUUGCCUUAUGCAUGUAAGUAUUUCAUGUUUUGCUUAUGAAAUAACUCUAGGAUUACAUGUAGUUUUUAUUUUCUCGUACUUUGAAAUGAUGCUUGUAUGCUUAAGCUUCUUGAAUCUUGUAGAAGACUGUUUGAUAGCCAUUUGAACUUGAACUGUUGGAACUUGUAGCUUUGAAUUUUUUGAAAGUUUUCUUGAAUGUAUAUUUUUGUAUCGGCUUCGGCAUGGAUAACCUAGGCGUUGAUGUGGAACUUGUAUACCUGCUUUGGCAUGGAUAGCCUAGGCGUUGGUGUUUGAACUUGUAUACCUGCUUUGGCGUGGGUAGCCUAGGCGUUGGUGUUGAAAUUGUAUACCUGCUUUGGCGUGGGUAGCUUAGGCGUUGGUGUUUGAACUUGUACCUUGAACUAGAGGUCCACUGGGGAUUUGUCUUGAAUUUUUUUGACUUUUUUUAGGCUAGUAUAGGAUAGCCCCCAGUUUAGAAUUUUGACACCUUGUACUCCACUUGAUUUAGUAUGCCUCGUCACACUCAACGGAAGCUCGCCGAAUCGUCGGUAGUUCGAGCUGCUGAGGAGGAUGCUUCGGAUGAUGAAGCGGCUGCAAUAAACGCGCCCAACAGGGGUAUGGUUCCCCGGGAUGCGCCUACUUUUAGUGGUACUGGUUGGAGCCCUUCCGACCUGGUGUUUCGGCCAGUGUGGCACUUGUCUCAGCGACCUCGCGCUAGCAUGGCCGAUGGAAAGCCGUUACGUACUUUCCCGUCAGAGGGAUUUUAAAGCUCUUUGUGCUGAUGAGGAGGCCAUGGAGAUUUGGUCGCAGACGGACCUGACCGACUUCUGGCGUACCAUGGGAGGCACUUCGAGGAGAACGAGGAUCAAGCCCCGACUGUGGGCUUUGUUGGAGCGGUGGUGGGAUACCACCAACACUUUCCACAUGGCAUGGGGGGAGAUCACCAUUACCCCCUUUGAGUUUUCUAUGAUCACGGGUCUUCCUUUUUCUGAGAGGAACAUGACCUUUGAUCCGAAGCUGACGUGGCGCUCUGCCGCUGCCAGGGACUUGCUUGGCCCUGUUGUUUACUUGUCAGAUGACGAUGCCCAUGCUUCUGUGACGGUGAUCGUGGAGGCUAUCUGCGGUGUGGGUGUAUCCGCGGAGCAGAGGGUUAGGCUCUUCCUCCUAGCCUUGGUGAGUAGAGUGAUGGUCCCGAGUAGAAACAGUGGGGUGCACAUCCGGUUCCUGUCUGUUCUGAAGGAUUUGAGAGCUAUUUCGAGCUAUAACUGAGGUGUCUUGUCAUAUAGCCACCUUUUGUAUGAGAUAAAGCGGGCUUCCCGGACUGCAGUGGGGAGUGACCCGAGCAUGGCUGCUCUGUGGAGUGUGCUGGAGAUUUGGAUAUAUGAGCACUUUCCGACUCUGGCGCCGGAUCGUACUAGAGAUGCGGCUUACCCGUAUGCUGCCUCUUGGAUAGGAGCGGUGCGCAGGAGUGUGCCUCUGGCGGCCUCUCGCAAAGCUUGGAGAGUCCUACCUGCUGACGAGGUGGUAUGGCAUCCUUUUGCCAACGCGCUUAUACAUGCCUCGGCUGCUCGUGCCCAUUUCCUGUCUGGGUGGUGGGUUUUUCUUCCAGGUGGGUACCGUCAUAUGUGGUACCUAGGGGAGAGAGUGUCCCCUCAGCACAAUUCGGGGGAGAGACUUAUCCCCAAGGACCCACCGGGGUCCAUGCUGGCGUUGGAUGAAGAGCUGGUUCGGCUCUAUGUGGAGGCUAGGGGCGAUGUUGUUUGCCGCUCUUGGAGGGAUUUUGUACACAGGAAGGGGAGCUAUGACGACUUCCUGAGGAGGCUGGGUCCACCAUUACGCUUCGUACUGCCGGUUUCUUUCCCUUCCAUUUGUCAGUUUGUGGAAUUGGGGCUGCGGGUGCUUUCAUCAGACAAGUUCCAGAGAUAUAGGGAAUACCACUGGGUAUAG